AUGUGUUCCAACAGUGGCGGCUGUGAAUCACUCCAGCGGAUUGUUCCCGAUGAGGAUAAGACAAAAAAAUGCGUCUCGUGCAAGCAGUUAUCAGAGUUCGUCCUCAGAAAAGUCAACGGCUACUGCAGACCGUGUUACCUCGAAGCGUGUCAUCACAAAUUCAGAUCCACCGUGGGGAAAACGAAAUUGAUGAAACCUGGUGAUCGGGUUCUCGUGUGGCAGAACUCUUCUCUCGGUGCCGCUGCGAUGCGGCAUCUGCUGGAAGUUCUGGAGAAAGAAAAUGAGACUGCUCUGAAGAAGAAACUCCAGUUCGAGUUCAAGUUUGCUCUUGUGGAAGGUUAUGACGGUACGAUUUUCAACGAUUUUAAAAUCGCCGAGAGAUGGCGGCGGAUCAGCUCAGAUGCAGCUGAGCCUCCUCAGCGCAACAGCACUCUGAAACUGUUCAACGAAAGCCUGGUCUCGCAGAAGGCUGUCAUCGAGUUCGCCAGAAAACACAAUUUCUCCAAAGUUUUCACUUGCGACACCGGUAGCGAUUUGGCUCACAUCAUGCUGACGUCAAUCAGUCUCGGGAGGGGUGGACAGCUACCGGACUGGACGGGGGUAUCUCUGGAGCGAGACGGCGUCGUACUCCUGCGGCCGUUGAGAGAAUUCACUGAGGAAGAGCUCGACCGGUACCUGAAGCUGUACAGUAUCGAGGUUCCUACACAGAAGAGAUCCCCGAGCAGUAUACAACGGCUCAGUCAGGAUUUCGUCGACGGGCUGCAAGCGGAUUUCCCGAGCACUGUCCCCACGAUAUGGAGGACCGCAGAUAAGAUCGCCGCGGACUCGAAGAGUCCCCUAUCGGUGUGCGAUCACUGCGGUUGCUUCAAUCCAACGGACGUUGUUGGUGCGAUGCAAGCUCUCGAGAUCUCGGCUGAAUUAUCUACGACGCUAAAAUUAGAGAAACAGAUCCCCAAUAGAUGUCAUGCGUGUCGCCAAAUUUCAAUUGAUUAA